CCUGCGCCGUGCUGAGCUGGAAAAUGGCUGUGUAGGGGAGCAGGGAGUCAUGAACGGGAAAAGAAAGAAAGAGCGAGAGAAAGAAGGCGAAGCAAUUAACGAGCAAAGGGUUUGCUUGAAGUUUAAUGCACUUGGCGAAGCUUGCGUCCUCAGAAAAGACACCACGCGGACUUUGUCGUCCACUUUGAAGUGUUAAAGCGCCGCAGACAAAAAGUGAGGAGAGUCAAGAAAUAUCCGCGGGGGGCUUUAUGUCAUGCAGGUCGGUCAUGAUCUCUGUCUGGAUGAUGUGGUAGUCUGAGAGAACCGGAGAGGAUUAAGGACCAUCCUACUCUGCCCCACGUCGUCCAAUCAGACCGCUUCUUUUAACCGCGGGGAGCCGACGACGCAGGGCCCGUGGCUGGCGAAAAAUUAUUUACCAGGCUGCUCCACUAGCACCCAGCCAGAAGGUUUCCACUGCUUGAAGGAGCAUGUUGCCAACACUCUCCCUCUGCUCAAUCAUCUGGCUCAACCGGGGUAUCAAGCUGCGGAAAGUGCACCAGUCCAUCAACACUGGUCAGGUCUGAAACCGCUGCAGACACAGACAUAACCCGAAGAAGAACGCUACUUUAUCAACUUUUUAAUAUGCUUCUAAGCUUCGGGUGACUCUCUGUCCUCCCCACACCUUCCCCCUGUCCACCACAAGAGUUUAGUGACUCUACAGCCUCUUUGGUUUUUGCGGAGGAUUUCUGUUUAGCUAAACCCUGUUGUCGCAGUGGGACACAGGCUGCACUACUUAAUCCUCUAUUCAGUGGCCAUUUUGAUUCUUGCCUUCCUGACAAAAUGGCGGUCGAUGGUUUUCAGUACCUUGCCCUCUAUGCAUUUAUGAAGGACCAGGAGGAGGACUUGGAUCUGCAGCCUGGGGACCUUCUUACAGUCAGCAAGGCAUCUCUGUUGUCCAUUGAGAACUAUGUGGAGGGCUGUGAGGAGCAGCCCGAAGGCCUCGGCUGGCUCCUCGGGUACAAUGAGCGCACCAAACAGAGAGGAGACUUUCCAGGGACGUACGUUAAGUAUGUGGGCUCCGUCAAGAUGGUUCUCCCAUCGAGUCAACCCAGGUCCCAGAGACCCCUUCCCGCUGCCCCAAGACCAGAGGAGUUUCAAGCUGUUUCUGUGCCGGACCUGAGCGAGCAGUUCACACCGCCAGAGACGGCUCCCCCAGCCCUCGUCAGCUUGAUUCAAGCCAUAGAGAAAAGAGGUCUGGACUGUGUAACUUUGUACAGGUCAACUUCAGGAUCCUCAGGUGCAGACAGCCCAGUGUACAGCCUGAGCACAGAGUGUGAAAUGGGUCAGAAAGAUGUGGCUGACCUGUGCGAGUGUGUCCUUCGCUACUUGAGAGACCUUCCGUCACCUGUCAUCCCAGACUGUAUCUAUCCCAACCUUCAAACUGCUAUCACACUGCAGCAGCAGCAGCUCCAACAGCAGUCAGCAGAUGGUGCAGUCGCUGGGAGCCAUGACAGGGAGGUCAGCUUCGUCCUCGAGAGCGCCACCACCGUCCCUCUCCAUCACCGUCUCACCCUGCAGUACCUCCUAACACACCUGUCCAAGGUCACUCAGGCACAGGCCAGUAAUGGACUGGAUACAUACACGCUAGGGAAGGUCUUUGGGCCGCUGCUGAUGCGGACAGGCCCGUCUACUCCUUGGUUGUCAUUGGAUGAUGAGUUACCUGCUCUUGUGGUGGAGAGGCUGCUGAUAGAGAGAACUGCAGAGCAAGACCUAACUCCUCCAGUUCUUCCAGCAAAGCCAGUCAAGUCAAAAUUGGCUUCAUCAGCCAUGACGGACACUAGCAGCAUGCUGACAGAUGCUGAGUGGUACUGGGGAGAAAUCUCCAGAGAGGAGGUGAAUGAAAAGCUGCGAGACACUCCUGAUGGCACCUUUCUGGUCCGGGAUGCUUCCAGUAAACUGGAGGGGGAGUACACACUCACUCUCAGGAAAGGAGGGAACAACAAGCUAAUAAAGAUAUACCACAGAGACGGGAGGUACGGCUUCUCAGAGCCUCUUACCUUUCUGUCUGUUGUGGAGCUCAUCAAUCACUACCGCCACGAGUCCCUGGCUCAAUACAACGCCAAACUGGACACCAAGCUGCUGUACCCGGUCACCAAAUACCAGCAGUUGGUGAAGGAGAACAGCAUAGAGGAGGUGGGGGAGCAACUGAAGGUCUAUCACGAGCAGUACCAGGACAAGAGUCGGGAGUAUGACUCACUGUACGAGGAAUACACACGUACCUCACAGGAGCUGCAGAUGAAGCGCACCGCCAUAGAAGCUUUCAAUGAGACCAUCAAGAUCUUUGAGGAGCAGUUUGAGACUCAGGAGCGCUACAGCAGAGAGUCUUUGGAGCGAUUUCAACGCGAGGGCAACGAGAAAGAGAUCCAAAAGAUUCAGAGCAACUCGGAGCGGUUGAAGUCCCGUGUGAAGGAGAUCCAUGACAGUAAGUGUAAGUUGGAGCAGGACCUGAGAGAGCAGGUGUCUGAUAACCGAGAGAUCGAUAAGAAGAUGAACAGCCUCAAGCCCGAUCUCAUGCAACUCCGCAAAAUCAGAGACCAGUACUUGAUUUGGCUGACACAGAAGGGGACGAGGCAGAAAAAGAUCAAUGAAUGGCUGGGCAUAAAGAAUGACGCUGAUGACUCCUACUCGCUGGAGGAGGACGAGGGUUCGCCCCACCACGAUGAGUGCACCUGGUAUGUGGGUGACAUUAAACGCACCCAGGCAGAGGAGAUGCUGAGAGGAAAAUGUGACGGCACCUUCCUCAUCCGAGAGAGCCAAUCACAGAAGGGCUCCUACGCCUGUUCUGUUGUUGUUGAGGGCGACACCAAGCACUGCGUCAUCUACAAGACCGCCACGGGUUAUGGAUUUGCUGAGCCCUACAACCUUUACUCGUCCCUCAAAGACCUGGUACUCCACUACAAAAAUGUCUCCUUAGUCCAACACAACGACCAGCUGAAUGUAAAUCUAGCCUACCCAGUCCUGGCCCGCUCCCAGAACCAGAACCAGCACCCCAGAUGAAUUUCUCUCCAGCAGUUUGGGAUGCCAACCAGGGCCGGGAAACAAAGUCUACGCUCAUAUGCAUUGGGGACAAAAUGAACCUCUGAACAAUGCUUAUUCUUGUUUAAGUGGCGAUUCAAAGUAGACACAACCACCACAAUUUACAAUUCAUACGUUUUUGUUUUUUUUGGCUGGAGGCUGGUGCAUCUGUCCUGCACAGACCCCAUCCAACAAAGAGCACUCCUUGCUAACAGCAUGGCUUCAAAAUAAGCACACUACUACCAGAAACAAAUGACUGUACAGUUAGCCUGGCUGAUGGAGUGAGUUUUAAUGUAAGAGUGUGUCACGUAAGCCAGCCAUGACUGUACAGUGUGAGAAAUGAAAAACAAGAAUAAACCCCUUGAUACAGAGAGAAACCCCCAGAUUAAAUGUGUUUAAAGAAGACUAUGAACACACAAAAUCCUGUUUGUUUUUUUAAGAUCAUGGCGAAGAGGAGAGAAACCAGAUGGCAGGAUGAGGGGAAAACUUACAGGAGGCACUUUUUAUUUUUGUUUCUUGCCAUGAACAUAUGAUAACUGUCCAUUGACAAAGGCCCAACCUGCAAACUCUCUGUCGACAAAAGCCUGAGCUGUCAUCCAUUGACAGUACCAGAGUGGCUAAACCUGGCUGCUCGCUUUACAUCUGCAGGUGGCAGAGCAAACAUGGACCAGUCGGCUGAUGUCACUGAAGCUGGGGGCAGGAUUUGGGUGGAUGCUUCUAGUGGGUUUUUUUCUUCUUUUUUUUAAAGAUUGAGUUUAAAGCUUGCUUAAGUGCCAUAGUAAUGAUUUUGAAUGACCACAAGCCUGUGUCUCUGGAACAAGGAGUUUGCAUGCCGAGGUUGAAAGAAAGGAGGGAAUGAAUAGCUCUCGACGUAGACAAAGCUUUAAAACAUACACACAUGUUGGUCUAUUGUAUGAAAUUAUCUUUAUUUCCAACUGCUUUGGCAUGUGGCUUUCUCUCAGCGAGCCUCUUCUUGAAUCGACGAGGUACAUGGUUCAGUAAAUACUGUGUGACAGGACAAAUCUGCAUGGUACAGAUUUGGUAUAUUGUGAAUAGAGAAUCAGCUCCUAAUCACUCUACACCAGACAGAGAGGUACAUUGAUAAUGCAGUUCCAUGUCAUUUCUUCUUGAUGAAAUAGAGGAAAGACUCCUGCGUCAAACGUCCCUGUGUUUCAAACUUCCUUCUUUUCUCAUCCUCUUCAAUACUGUAGCACCUGUAGCCAUUGACUUAAGGCAUAACUGUUAAUGCUUCUCUCAUGUGUCUUGUUUUAAAAUGGUAAAGACACUUGCAGAGCAUCAAUCUAUGUCAUUAUUGUAUCUUCGGUACUGUAUUUGCCUUGUCUCUUUUUAGAUUAGACUGUUUUAGCGGUACUUUGUCCUCGCAGAUGUUUAUUGUUUUUUUUUAAUGCAGAUUUUACUCUCGGUACUUCCUGCUACCCGCACUCACGCUCGACUUUUCAUUUCAUCACAAGCUUGACUCACGGAGCUGUAGAACAUAGUUGUACAAACAAAAAAAAGAAAGCAGUAAUAUAACACGUGUACAGUAUAUUUCAGACACACAUGCAGUCAGUGUAUGUAAUUAUACAUUUUCAACUCUGUGAUUUCUUUUGUUUUUAUUUAACAUUUGCUAUGCUCUUAGAUUCAGUUUAAGGAUGCAAAGUAUCCAGCUAAUGUGAGCCAAAUGAAGGAUGUCUUUUCAUGUAGCAAGAAAGAAAAGAAAAAAAAGAACCUGUCCUUUCGCCAUAUAUAGCGUGGCCUCUGUGGUCUGAGAGAUUAUCUAGUACAGUAUGCAUGGAGACCUUCAUUUGGGUUGUUUUUCUGUUUUUGCUAGGCACCAGUGGUUGAUAAUUGUGUUUUUUUUUUGUUGUAGUACAUAUACUGUAUGAUGGUAAUACAGUACUAUCCACAACGCAGUCGCAUGUGAUUUUGUUUUUAGAGUUCCCGAGUCACCUCCUCCCUCUUCUCUGUGCCGUGGCUGUGAAUUUUUCUCUCGUUUCCCUCAUGUACAUUUGGCUUGAGGUAAAGAUUGUACCAUCUUUUUUCUCCUCACUUUCAAAGCACAGUUCAUUUGUUCUGUUCUUGUACGUUUUUUAAAUUUGGAAACAGGCGCCACAUGAUGCGUCUUUUAAAUUAGAAUCACAUAACUGAUUUCUUGAGAAUGAAUGAACAUGAGACUCAGUUUUCUUAUAGUAGACUCCGAUUGCCAAAAAUAAAAAAAUAGUAUUUUUGUAGAAAGGUAUGCAAGAGUUGAAAUAAAUUGUGAACAGGACGUUUUAGAAAAGAAGUGCACUGUUUUUUAAAAGGUUGCACAUUUGAUACUUUGGAUUCAUUUUUGAUGAAGUUUUCAACUUCUCUGGCUCAUUAUGCAAUCAGUCAGUUUAAAAAUCUAAUCUUCUUUUCAAACCUCCCAACAAACUUUUAAAAAUGGACAAACUUCAGGUUGCAACGUUCUCCCGGUCGUACCAUCCCAUUAUCAAACCUAACUCCAUCGGAAGUCUUUAAAUCAAGACCUGGGUUUGGUAUCUGUCAGGAUGAAUCUGUUGUUCUAUACUUUGCACAGUUCUUGGAAAGUAGAAAUCCCAAGGAUUAAAGCAGAAGUGACGGCGCUGCUUCUGAUCAGAGGGCUAUAAAAAAAAAUGUGUAACUGAGAGAGAUUAGAAGUGCCUUCAGUCAUUGUGUCGAGCUUCUCAUCUAUGGAGUGUUGCUCUUUGAGACGGUGCCACCACGACCACAUGCUGUGCCCCAUGCUUCACACAUUUGCCAUUUAUCAAAGACUAUAGGAUAUCUGGCAGCGUUGUUGUUGUGUGUGUUUGUGUUCAUGUGUGUGUUAGAGCAGAUCUUGGCAUGUUGUAGAUAAGAGAGUGACAGAUUUGAGGUGUGCCUCUUUGUUGUUACAUCUAUAGUUGUUACAUAUUCCUUCUUGUUAUGGUGGGGGCUGUACAGUAGCUUGGUGCUCUCUCUCACUUUGCACCAAAGCUACAUUUCUUUGGUGUUUUUUUAAAAAUAAUUAUUUGUCUGAUUUAUAUUUUGAAUAAAACUCAGAUAAGAUAGAAAUGUGAACCGUAACACAUCCGUAGCCCAGCCCAGUUGGUUGAAGCUCAUUUGAUAAGCUCUCAAGAUGAUGAUGCAUGCAGCAUUUCUCAGUGUUUUCUUUUUCUUCUGGUUGGGUCAGUUGCCGCUGCUGACACAUCUAUUAUCCAGUUUGUUGGACCAACACUUCUGUGACUGCACUUUUAUUUCUGUUCCACACACUUAAAGUAGUGUGUCUAACGCCCAACAACCAUAAACUCACAGACAGUGGUCAAGCUCAGUUGUCAAUAGUGUUUUUUUAGUUGAUCUUUCCGUACAUGAGAGGGAUUGACAUAUUUCUUUGAGUAUCUUGUGUACAGUAUAUGCUUCUUUUUUUUUACGGUCAACAACUGUCAUGUAAUUCUGAUGCUUUUGACUGAUUGAAAUGUUUUCAGUGUAGAGUUGCUUUGACUUUAUGGGCUGUAAAAACUGUAUUACUUUUAAAGCGUGUCUAAGGAGAGCUGCUGGCUCAUUAUGCAAUCUGUGUCCACACAGCAAAGACUGUCCAAUUUAACAAGAUUAUAUCUCAAAAGGGUUGAGCUCCCCUCAUCACAGGAAGAUGUUGUUCACUCACAGUUAAUGGUAUCUAAACCAUGUGGGAAGUUAAAAUUCUGAGAUUUCAAUCUUAAGAAUUUUCCUUGGACCUCAUUUUGAUCUGAGGAACAUUGUCCAUUAAAAAGUAUUUUUUUAAACGCUUUUAUCAACAUACAACAAAUUGGUCCCAACUGUGGCUACCGAUCUUUGGGAAAUUGGAUAUUUCAGUUUAAAAGUCGGCCAUUGUUUCUGCUGUACAUUUAGCUUAACAUUACAGUUACAAACAUGAAUAGGAAAAUGUUUCUUUGUAAAUUAACACCAAUGGAGCGAGAUAACUUCAGAUUUUCCCACAUCAGCUGUUCAGACCAGUUCACGGUCCAGUUGGUUCUGCUUUCAUUUAAGUGAUUUUUAUCAGAGCUUUUAGAAAUGAAGACCUUCCUGCACUUACUUCUUAUUUACUUGUUAAGAUGGACACUAUUGCAGUGUAGGCACACACUUCCAUAUGCCAUAUAUACCAUGUUAUUAAUAGAUGUUCAAUCGCUAGAAGCAAUGCAACUUCAGUAGCAAUGAGACCUGGUCAGGCAGUGAGACGGGAUGAAGACUUUAUUGCGCUUUGACUUCGAGUUCAGACUUUAGUCCUGUGUGUGGUAGAUGUUGCUCUGAAUCUCAAAGCUUUCAUCCUGCUCAUCUAUUAGAUAUACAUUUGUGUUGGAGCUUGGUGGAAAACCGUUUUCUAUUUGACUAAUGAUCAUUCAAGAAAUCCAAUAUCUUUCAUCAGCUUUGGUACACUGUAAAUGAUAUUUCUUGAAGCAGCCUCACACACAAAGCACAUCUCUCACCAAGAAAAAAACACGUUUAUUAAGGUUUGAAGAAUGAGAGACACAAUAGAGAAUAAAUAUUUUGAAAUAUAUACUUAGAAUUCUAUAUUUUUGGAUGAUGUCGCUCUUAUUUGGAUUGUGCUUGAAACAAAUCAGAAGGAGGCUUCGAUGUGAACAUGAUCUUUAGACUUGCUCCACGGCUGCUUUGUGUUCGAGCAGUUAUUGAAAACGCAAGCAUUUUUACUAAUCAGCUGCAGUGAGCUUCAUCAAAACUUUGUGGUUACAGUCAAUCGACAUACGUGUAAUCUAUCCGCAUGAUUAUCAGGUGCAUUCAGAGGAUGAAGCAAGCUUAUGUACAUGUGUUAAUAUUUACAGAGCUAAGUCUAUAUGUUCAAUGCAGUCUUGGCUGCUUUGCAUUUAUGAAAUACUAGAGAGGAGUUUUGUUUGUUUGUUUGUUUGUAUUUUGUUUUAUUGUACGUAAGAAUCUUGAUUUGUCAUUUUGAAGAUUUUGUUUGUGUGAGUAGACGGAGUGUUAAAGUUGCACCAAAAAAAGACACUUAGGAUGCUGCCACAGAGAUCCCACACAAAUUGGACACUGAUGCUGUAACAGAGUGAACCAUCUUACCACUGUUUCUUUUUUUUCUUUUGUGGAUCUCUUUGGUCGCUGAAGGGUUGUUUAAAGAGAAGACAAGGUACACGAUGAAACGGUUCAUGAUCACUCCUUCAGGCAGAUCUUUGUACGCAGAACAAUGAUGGCAUUAGAAAGUGUUCUUUUAUGGUGCCUGAGUAUAUUUCGUGUUUUUUUUUUUGUUGUUUGUAUUUUUUGGCUUUUUCAAAAAGCUCAUAGAUUUGUCUGUCCCAGUGUUGAUUUCUUUUUGUUUGUUUGUUCAUAUCUGUUCAUGAUAACCUUACAGAGCCUAUAAAGAAAAAAAUAAGCUAGCUUGAAAUGUUUUCCUCCAUACAGAAAAAAAAAGAAAUACAAAUGUUUACAAUAUGUAAUUAACCAAAUAGUAAAUAUGCGUUUGAGGAUCAGUCUGUUUGUCCCUCAAAGUGGCCGUGAUAGAUUGAUUUAUAUUUCAUUAUUUCCUGUUAUUUUAAACUUGAAAAUGUUAUGACUGCUUGUUGUGUUUGUCUUUUUUUCCUUUUGUUUUUUUCCUUUUAGAACAGUGCUCCCUCAAUUUCAAAAUAACCCAACUAGUUUAACCCUGUUGAUAUUCUUCAGUCUUUGUCAAUCUUCCCCUGCUGACUACUUCACCUUACACUGAGCCUUAAACAUGCAGGACUGAAUCACAGAAAGAAUUUAUAGCAGGUGGUACUCACACGGUGUGACUUACAACACGCCCCUUGGUGAACAUGCUUGAGUACAGAUUUAAUACAUUAACACACUUGGAACUUCAGGAAAACUAUCAAGAGGCAUCCUUGUCUUGAUUUUGCACUACAGAGAAAAUAAAACUAAAAAAAUAGUCAUCAGUAGCUUUUUAGAUUGUUGAACUUAAGUGGAAAACCAAAACAUUUCCACUGUAGUCUCACUUUGUGUCAUUUCCCUUUUUAAUGUAGUUGACGUCAGCAACCCUUCACUUUCAUGUCCUUUUUUUGCCUUAAUUCAAUAUUGUCGUAUCAUCACUGAACGGAUGCCAUUGUAGUACCGUAUUUUUGUAGUAAUUUCACUUAUGUACAGUAGUACAUAUUCUUCUGCUCUGUUACAUUGCUCAGUAAGUCUCAAUGAAUCACUGACUCAGCAGCAGCGGCAACAGUAUUUUUUUCUUAAUACAUGAUAGAUAAUGAUGUGGUUAAUUUCUCUCAAAAACAGUGAAUCAGUCAGUUAAAGCUACUCUACACCAAAAUGCAAUUGAACUCUGAGGGAGCACUGUUGUUUCAGCCAGUAGAGGCGUAUCGGUUGAGGUAUUGGCCCAACCCCCCUAUGCACAAAAAAGAUGGUUCCUCUUCUCUACUCUUGUGUUGUCCUUCCUUUGUGCUCUAUCUUAAUUCAGAUGCCACACUUCUUUCUUUCUCUCUCGUGUACAGCUUGCUUCAGAGUUGUGUUUGUUCUCAGACAGGUACUCGUUGAUCUGUACGGUUCUUUCUUUAGGCUGAUGCAAUGAUUUUAAAAGACAAUAAAAGAUAUAUGAACUGAA